AUAUUUAAAACUAUUUCAGAAUGUAACCUUGAAGGAAUUAAUGGAUGAGGAUGAUAUUUUACAAGAAUGCAAAGCACAAACCAAAAAAUUACUUGAUUUUUUAAGUCGUUCAGAGAUAAUGGAUGAAAUGGUUACUUUAAUCAUUCAAGAACCACCAGAAGAUUUAGAUGAAAAAUCAAGAUAUAAAUAUCCAAAUAUAGCCUGUGAAAUUUUAACUGUUGAUGUUACACAAAUUAAUGAUGCACUUUCCAGUGAUGAAAGUCUCCUUAAUAAAUUAUAUAGUUUUUUAGACACAGAAAAACCUUUAAAUCCACUUCUGGCAAGCUUCUUUAGCAAAAUAAUUGGUUUACUAAUUUCUAGAAAAACAGAUGCAGUAAGUUAAUUGUCUUGUAGUUUUCAAA